CUAUGGCGGUUGGCGGUGGGCGGCGCGGAGGCGGUGAGCUCGAGAUUGCUCCCAGCCGGUCUUCCUGACGUGUCUCGGCCGCUAGCUCGGGCCGGCCGCUGCCAUGUACCCGCCGUCGCCGAGGCAAGACUUCUUUGCGGUGACUCUGAACUUGGGGGAGCGGUCCCAGGGCGGCGGUGACAGUGGCAGCGGCGGGAGCAAGUACUGGAGGCGGCGGCGCCUCUGCUGGCGGAAAUGGAAACAGUUAUCACGAUUACAGCGGAAUAUAAUUCUUUUCUUCUUUGCCUUUCUCGCUGUCUGUGGACUCAUUUCCUACAUCAAUAUGGCUAACCACGGGAGAGCCUUCACCAGCAGAUCAUCAGAAGAACAGAAGAUAGAACUUGACAUUCCUGAACUAAAUCCAGCUGUUUUAGCAGUUCCUCAGAAAGCAGAUGCUAAUCAGGGUGACUUUCCUGAGAUAUUGCCUCAGAAAACCCGAAAUCCUCAUCAAGGGAGGCCUGGGAAUCUACAAAUCAAAGCUCCACAGGAAGAUCUGAAGGAAAGGUCACAUGAUGAUGACACCAAGAGGCUUGAGGAGGAACAUGGCCAGGCUAGCAAGGAAAACAAAUCUGAGAGGACUGUUAUUAGCUGGAGAGGAGCAGUGAUUGAGCCCGACCAAGGGACAGAACCCCCUUCCAAUAAAAUGCAAGAGCCAGGUCAUAAGUCUUCAACAGCGGAAAUUAAAAGCCAGAAGAAACCAGUUCUCAUCAACGAAAGGCAAAAGGCUGUGAUAGAAGCAUUCCGCCAUGCAUGGAAAGGAUACAAAAAGUUUGCCUGGGGACAUGAUGAGCUGAAGCCACUGACACAUUCAUUCAAUGAGUGGUUUGGACUUGGUCUGACAUUAAUCGAUGCCUUGGAUACCAUGUGGAUUUUGGGUUUAAAAGAAGAAUUUGAAGAAGCCAAGGCAUGGGUGAAGACGGAAUUGAAUUUUGGAAAAAAUGUGGAUGUAAAUCUAUUUGAGAGUACUAUCCGAAUCUUGGGUGGACUUCUGAGUACCUACCAUUUAUCUGGAGAUAGUCUUUUUCUGGAGAAGGCAAAAGAUAUUGGAAAUCGGCUAAUGCCAGCAUUCAACACCCCCUCCAGGAUCCCAUACUCUGAUGUAAACAUUGGCAGUGGUGUUGCCCAUCCUCCUCGAUGGACCUCUGAUAGCACUGUGGCAGAGGUUACAAGUAUCCAGCUGGAGUUUAGAGAGCUUUCUCGGCUCACUGGAGAUAUGAGAUUCCAGACAGCUGUGGAAAAAGUGAUGAAACAUGUUCAUUCCCUAUCAGGGAAGAAUGAUGGCUUGGUUCCCAUGUUUAUCAAUACCAACAGUGGCCUCUUUACUCACCUGGGAGUCUAUACUCUAGGUGCCCGAGCUGACAGCUACUAUGAAUAUUUGCUGAAGCAGUGGAUCCAGGGAGGAAAGAAAGAAAAUGAAUUGCUGGAAGAGUAUAUUAAUGCCAUAGAAGGGGUCAAAAGACAUCUACUUCGGAAAUCUGAGCCCAGCAAGCUGACUUUUGUGGGUGAACUUUCUCAUGGCCGCUUCAGGGCCAAGAUGGAUCACCUGGUAUGCUUUUUGCCUGGUACCUUGGCUCUUGGAGCUCAUAGUGGAUUAACAGCUGAUCAUAUGGAACUGGCCAAAGCUCUUAUAGAGACUUGUUACCAGAUGUAUCAUCAGAUAGAGACUGGCCUGAGCCCAGAGAUUGUGUACUUCAACAUUCAUCCCCAGAAAGGCCAUAAAGAUGUGGAGGUCAAGUCUUCAGAUAGGCAUAAUCUGCUUCGACCUGAGACAAUAGAGAGCCUCUUCUAUCUGUAUCGGUUUACUGGUGACAAGAAAUACCAGGAUUGGGGUUGGGAGAUCUUGCAGAACUUCAACAAGUACACAAGGGUUCCUGCAGGUGGUUAUUCUUCUAUCGAUAAUGUCCAGAAUCCCAGCAACCCACAGCCAAGAGAUAAGAUGGAAAGCUUCUUUCUGGGAGAAACCCUCAAGUAUUUUUUUCUGCUCUUUUCUGAUGAUAUGGACCUCAUCAACCUUGACCAAUAUGUAUUUAAUACAGAGGCUCAUCCUCUUCCCAUCUGGGCCCCAGCUUAACAGAAAGCCAGGAGAAACAGACCCUGGUGGAGGGGGGACAACUUCUCCUGGUCAUGGGGCCUUUCCCAGGUGAGCAGGGGUCGUACACAGCACAAUUUUCAGGCCUUCCUGGAGGACCAAAUAUGGGAAAGCCUUUCUCCACUUUGGAGAAAUCAGCCAUUCUUAGAAAUCCAGCCGUGAAGUGUGUGCUGCACCCAGCUGCUGGGAGCCAGAUGAAAUCCGACUCAGGGCUGAAGUAGUGGGAGGUGGGAGGCCUGGUCUAAAGGGACCACCAGGGCCUAAGUCACCUUGUGCCAUUUUCCUUAGGAGUCCCUGAUUCAGGGGAUUGUGCACACUGGCUUUAGGGGCUUCUUUCCCCUCAGGUUUUCAGAUCAUAGAUUCAGCUAAAAUGAGAAAGAAUAAGUCAGAAACUUAUAGUUUUGGGUUAAGGUUUGACCUAGAGAUGGAAUAAGCAGGAAGUCAUUCCACCUUCACCAGAUGAUUACAGUGUGCUCAGCAGUGGUUCCAGGCACUCUGAUCUCACUCCACUGAGACAAAACAGUGUGGUCAUUUGAAAAGGGAAAUGGCUUAAGAAGCAUUUCUAGUAUCAUUCAGGAAGCACUGUGAAUGUAUCUGUGAAGGACAUGGAGAUCCUUGUGGAAAGUUAAGUAUGGAUAUUGCUGCUGGUUUGGCUCCGUGGUAUAUAAUUUUAGAGCUGUGUACUUUUUUUUUUUUUAACAUGUAAGACUCAAUGUGAAACAAAGUCAAAAAUUGCUCAUACAUUUGUAUUUGCAUCAGUUAGACUCAGGUAUUCUGACUGGAAAGGCUGCUUUGUGGUGCUGAGCUAGGAGGGCGUAGUUAGUUUAACUCAGCCUUGUCUUACUUUCCUCUCUCCUUUUGCCAUAUCCCCUCACUGGGGUGCACCAGGCUUUAAUCCAGGCCUUUGUAAAUUCCUGUAACCUGUAAUGUCUUACUCAUUUAUAUUGAAAGGAUUGUCUGUUUGCUUAGGUUGUUUCCUUUAAUAGGUCUGCUUGUGUAAAUGGGAUAAAGGACAUUUCCUCUAAAGGACAAUUUCUUUUUUGGGUUCACUUGUUGAAAUUACAUAAUUUAACCAUGGAAUCCUCAAAUGAGUUUUUUAAAGCAUUCUUUCCCCCAAAGGUGCAUAGAUUGAAUAGGAAUUGUAGCUGACAUAAAAGUGAGAAAAGAUCACAGUACCCCAGAAGGGGAGUAUUGUGGUAGCAGGUGUCCUGUGAACCAAGAGGCUUUUAAUUUCUUGGCAGUCUUCUCUUUGGAAAGAGAGGUCCUGGGCAAGUCACUUAACCCCAAUUGCUUCACCAAAAAAAUAGCAAUUUUCUGCAAGUUGGGAAACAGCUUGCCACAUUUGAUAUUUAUUUGUCAUUAAGUAGGCAUGAGCUUUCUUCCCUAGUUGGAUGAAACUGUUCAACUAUGUGGGACCACACGUAAUUUUUGACAACACUUUAUCAUUCCUUGUGACAAUAGCUCAUGUGUAAAGUCCUCUCUGCCGUAAAUAGAAUUUAUUUGAACAUGUCAUAAAGCCCUUGAUGGUAGAAGUUAGGGACAUCUUGCCAUGAAUAGAUAAUAUGUGGUCUCCAAUUUUUAAAAUCUUAGGAAGAAGGAUGGGGGUUUACAAAUAGGUAGGCCCUGGGAAUGAUAUGAAUUUUCCCAUGAGGUGUAGAGGCUGGACCAUGGAAGCCAUUUUCAGUCAAGCUGCAAACCAAGUCUGGUUUAUGUCUAUGUUGGGGGACUUUUGUACACUGUGAAAAAAAACAUGCCAAGUGCUAUUAGAAUGUGGGAGGUUAGAUGAAUAGUGUCUUUUCCUUUUCUUUACAUAAAUACAUGACUUUUCCCUAACUCAUCCUAUCACCACCACUGUUUCCUGGAACAGUUGCUUACUUGGGUUGGUUUUUCUUUUGUGUUUUGUGUCAGAGGGGAGGUGCCGGCAGAAUUGAUUCUGAUCUUUCUUGGUUCAUUGAAAGCACCCUUUCCCUGGAUGACUUCCUCAAAAAUAAGCCUGAAUUGAACCAGAUUGGCAUACCUCUGUAUUCCUUCACUUCAGUGUUUCAUUUUGGGGAGGAAAUUAGUGAGGAAGAUACUUGCUAUUUUUAUGUAAACUUUAAGAAAGUUCAUGGUAUCUUGAGUUCUGCAGAUAAGCUCCUAAUUCUUACUUCUAUCAACAAAGCCCAUCCUAAUUUCUCCUGCCAGAACUGUUCCCUAAGGACCAUUCAGGUGGGAGGCGGCAUGGUGAAGAAAGAACACUGAAAAUCUGAUUGAGUCUGGAGAAAUGGGGUCUAGCCUCAGGUCUGCCAGUAUCCAUUUGACCUUGAGCAAGGCACAUGGUCUCUGGCUCUCGGUGGAGGGAAUUGAACUAGGUGAUCUCUGUGGUCCCUUCUGGCUGUAAAACUAAAUGACUGGGUGGCAUCCUGAUCUCCAGUGCCCUCAUCUUCAACCAAAGGGAGAGAAUGUGCCCUGGUGUCCUUAAUGUGGGAGGAUGCUGCUAAAAGUAGAUUUACAGAAUGUAAAAAGCAUUGAAUUUCUUAGAAUCAAAAGACCUGGGCUAGGACCCAGGGCUCCUUACUCACAGGCCAGUGUACUCUAUUACACCUUGUCACCCAGAAAUUAAUGUGCAAAAGAAACUCUAGGUCUUGUGGGGAAAGGGGAGAAUUUUAUUCUACGUUCUGAAUCACCAAAUAAUGGAGUUCUAUAUUAUACAUUUUAUUAAACUUAUAAAUUAUUUUAA